ACCCUAGAUAUCGCGAGAGGGCGGCCCGGGUUGGCUUUGGCGUCGGCGUCUCUCCCGCGCCGGAGCUCUAGGCCGGCGUCUCUCCGUGAGUCACGGAGAAAGUGCCUGCAGCAAGGGCGCGCGAAGGGCCGCCAGCCGCGCGGCGUUGCCUCUGGCGUCGGGGUCGUUGUGUCGUGACAACGACGCCGGGAGCCGUUUCCGAGACAGCAAGUGCGGUCGCGUUAGCCCCAGGCGGGCUCCGCGGCUGCUUGGCGGGUGCCUACGAGCGCCCGACGCUUCUCUUCGCGGACCCCACGCCAAGCAGCGACCCUGAGCCGACAGCCCGAGCGCCCGGCAAUGGCGGCCUCGACGGCCUCGCACCGGCCCAUCAAGGGGAUCCUGAAGAACAAGACCUCUACGACUUCCUCUGCGGUGGCGUCGGCCGAACAGCCCCGCGGGAGUGUCGACGAGGAGCUGAGUAAAAAAUCCCAGAAGUGGGAUGAGAUGAACAUCCUGGCAACAUACCAUCCAGCAGACAAAGACUAUGGUUUAAUGAAAAUAGAUGAACCAAGCACUCCUUACCACAGUAUGAUAGGUGAUGAUGAAGAUGCACAUAGUGAUACAGAGACCGCUGAACCUGUGACACCAGAUAUCUUAGCUAAGAAAUUAGCUGCUGCUGAAGGUUCGGAGCUAAAGUAUCGGGUUCGGGAACAAGAAAGCAGUGGAGAGGAGGAUAGUGACCUCUCACCUGAAGAGCAAGAAAAAAAGCGACAAUUUGAAAUGAAAAGGAAACUUCACUACAAUGAAGGACUGAAUAUUAAAUUAGCUAGACAGUUAAUUUCGAAAGACCUACAUGAUGAUGAGGAAGAUGAUGAAAUGUUAGAGACUGCAGAUGGAGAAAGCAUGAAUACAGAAGAAUCAAGUCAAGGAUCUACUACAAGCAACCAACAGCAAAACAAAUCACAAAGUUCAUAGAAAAUAUUUGUUCAAUACUGUAAUUGUUUGUUAGACCCCGUUAGUAUCAAUGCACUGCUUCUUGUUUCCACAAUUCAUGACUUAAGUACCAAAAUGCAUACCAGUUAUUGUAUAUUGCCAAGAAUUAAAUGAUAACCAUAGACUGAAUAGACUGAAAAUGCCUAAUUGUUACAUAUAUUCUUGUGCCUAGUACUUCGCCACAAAUACAGUGUAACAUCAUCAGUCCAAAAUUGUAUUACUUUUGUAAGAACACUGGUUAAUUUUAUAAGAUAUAUAGCUUUUUAUGCUUUAAACAGUAUUUGGGGGGGGGACUAAUUUAUUUUCAUCACUUCUAGAUGUGGUAGCUCUUAUAAAAAAUUUCUUGGGUUUUGUUUUUUUUAAUCAGAAACCCAUUGGAACAACAGGAUUUAUAGGCUGAUGAAUGUUCAGGCUGGAAAGUAUUUUAUCAUCUGUCUUAAACUUGAUUUAUCUGUUUAAUUGAAAAAAAUUAUAAGAGUUGACUGUUGCAUUUUCUGACCCUACUACCUUAAAAAUUCCUAUUGAGUGUCUUUGUGUUUGCAAGGAAAAUACUGAACUUUUUCUCAUCAGAACUACCUUUUUUUCACAAAUAAAUUAUCAGGUUAAACUU